AGGGUCCAGAAGCAAGGGCUCCGAGAAUAAAACUCGCGAUGCUAUAAUGAGAGAUGAAGACAAAUGAUAACUCGUUUCAUAUCCGUUCGACUGUCAUCACGGAGAUCUGAGGAAAAAUCCGUUCUGUGCUCAUAAGGAUAACAAAGUGACGCACAGAAAAGUUUAAAGAGCAGACUGAAAGAGGGAGAGAGAGAGAGCUUCAUCCAUCUCAUCGUCGUCGCAGUCUCCACCGGACCGUGCAUGUGAAGCACUGCUGCAGAGACCGGUACUCCGUGGACACUCAUUCGGGUCUGAGAUAAAACAAAAAUGAUGACGAGCAGCAAAACCACUCUUGCUUUCCUCAUCUACGGGCUCCUCGUACAAUGCCACGUGUGUUCGCCGUUGAGUUACCCGAGCAUCAGGAUGGAGACCGCAGGAUUUGACGAGGAGGGACACUCAUUAACGGAUCUGACCUUUGACAGUGACCAGAUCACUAUUCGGAGCUCUCCUUCAGUCACUGAAGACGCAUACACGUUAUACAGUCCUCCAUCGAAAAGACUGGAAAGGCACGCUGACGGGAUGUUUAAUAAAGCCUACCGGAAAGCGCUCGGUCAGUUAUCCGCGCGGAAAUACCUGCAUACACUGAUGGCCAAACGCGUGGGGGGAGGAAGCACGAUAGAGGACGACAACGAGCCGCUCUCAAAGCGUCACUCGGACGGGGUUUUCACCGACAGCUACAGUCACUACCGGAAGCAGAUGGCCGUGAAGAAGUAUCUGGCCGCAGUCCUGGGCAAAAGCCCUGAAGACUUAGAUUUGCACCAAUGUCUACAAGACGAUGAGAUUGUGGCAUUUUUGUUCGAUUUGCUGACAGUUGCCUCCUGAAUUCCUGGCUUUGUGACACAGGAGGCAGCUUGCGGCUUGGGUGCCUUUGCUUCAUCUUUAAAAUGGCCACCAAUUUCAGAUGGCACUUAAGUGGCCCUCCACAUGCUGCAAUCACCUGCUCACACAUCUCCUAUUUCUCAAAUAACAUACUUUGUUUAAGUGCCACCUGGCUUUCUGGUUAUUUGAUUUAACUUCUCUAUGCAUAGUGUGUUGUAGAAUUCAUUAAACAUUCUCAGCCUUGAAAUUCAUUUUGUGUGCGAAGACUGAUGGUGCCCAAAGCCUUACUUAAACAUUAAGAUAAACCUCUGUCUUGUGUUGAUCGUUAGUACAAUAACACACGGGAGCCACGCAAGGGCACCAUUAUACAUGUCAGAAACAAAAAUCAAAACAAACAAACAAAAAAACCUGUGUUGUAAAAUUUGUAUGAAUAAAUUUUUGUAAACAACAA